CACUCUCGUCUCAGAUUUGACCCCAAAGUCAAGCUGCAGGCAGCAACAGCAGGUUCCCGUGUCGCCAUGAGCUGGAUGGGGAAGCGGGGGUUGGGUGGGGAGAGCCCGCACGGGCGGAGAAGACGAACGAGGGCUGGCGGCCCCGGAGCUACCUCCACUACCUCGCCGCCGCGUCCAGUCCGACCCUGCCUCCUGCAAGCACGGCGACUUCCUCGACACCGUCUGGGCAGGCCACGAGCUAACCACGCCCAAUCUCUUCAGUGGCGUUUCAAGUGUGACCCAUUGGAGCAAGAGAAGGCAGAUGGUGUUUUGGAGGAGAACUUUACUAGGAAAGUGAAGCAGAUGCUACAUGAAGAAAAGGCGGCAGCCAUCAAAAGAUUAAUGAAGAAGGGACAAUUGCCUGCACAACUAACAGAAGUGGAUGAGAAUGGUAACCAUUGGCCAACUAAGGAAGCUUUAAUUUCUGCAAAGAAAGUUGACUUUGGUACCGAUGUUGGUUGGCGUCUACUAUGUGAGCAUUGGAGUGGUGCUGAAUUUAGAGGGUUAUCCUUAAGAAACAAGAGGAACAGACUUGCUAAUGGGGAUACAGUCUUCCAUUGCAGCGGUGCGAGAAAUGCUGUUGCCACACGUCAAUUCCUGGGAAAGACCCUGGAAUUUCCGGUGCUUGGCUUCACACGCACAAUUUGCAUCGAGGGACCGACGAAGAGAAGAUUUGCAGUCAAAGAACUGCCGAUCGUUGGGUUAGCGAAAUCUUGUGACUUAGCUCAUUUUAAUCAUCAUGACAACUAUUUGCACAAAACUUUAGUUUACAUUAUUUUUUUAUUUGAAAAGGAGGAUUUUGAUAAGGCAAUGAAACAUGCCCAUGGAGAAAAUUGGGAAGAGGAGCACCCAGAUUUAGAUGGACAAAUCGUCUAUGAAGCAGAAGGUAGAAUGCCACAUGGCAGGCUGGGAAUUGCUAAUGAGUUAUUUAGCAAAGCAGAGAAGGCGAAGUUUAAGUCUAAAAGGGUGAUGGCCUCACAACCGGUGCGGUCUGCUAGGGAGGACCGUCUAGAAAGAGAGAACAAACAUUUGAAGCGGGAGAACAAGCGUCUUCGAGGCAUUGAGAUUGUUGUGCAGCUGCGGCUGACUUGUCUACAUCAGAUUCGGAAGGCGGAAUUCAUAGGGAACGAGGUGAUGUGCAUCAAAGCGAACCUGAAAAGGGAAUGGGAAGCAGGACUGGAGGCAGUACCAGUCAUGGAGAUGAUGAUGAGGAUGACUACUAUGGCAGCGAGGGAGAUGAUGACUAUGGCAAGGAUGGUCUAUAUGGUGAUGAGCCAUACUAUGGUGGUGAGGGAUAUAAUGACUAUGAAGAUGAGGAAUAUAAUGAGUAUGGCAAUGAUAAUGAUGAUUGGCCAUAAAAGUCUAGUGAUCUUCAAGUCAUGCCAAAAUCAAGUUAUGUUAGAUGUUUGAAAUACUUUAUCUUAUGGACCAAUUUGUCAUAGUGGACAAUUUAUCUU